GCACACACUUCAACCGGUGUGGCUGUCGGAGUUUGCAGAACAGCGCGUGGUUUCAUUAGAAGUUUGGGCGCCCGCUGACCCGGAGAAAUGUCCCGAGCGCUGCACCUCAUUUUGUCUCUGCUUCUGCUACCACCAGGUCUCUUGGCGGUUCCACUCCUGCUCCAGAGUCCAACGUCCGGCCCUGGCUCCGCGGGGCAGACCGCCCGCUUAGAGUGUGGGGUGCAGAACUUAGACGUUGCAAGUUACGGCGGGCAGUGGUACCGACAGCGGCCCGCGGACAGACCGGAGUUCGUGCUAGUACAUUGGGCUAGUGGUAGCAUUAACAGAGGGACCGGUGUCGCUGACCGAUUCGUGCCGUCCAGAGACACCUCCACCAACAGUUAUAUCCUGACCAUCGACAGGCUGGAGCCCAGAGACGCCGCAGUCUAUUACUGCGCCGUGAGGGAAACAGAUGAGGUUUAUUACUUCGGCGGUGGGACAAUCCUGGAUAUAAAGAGUAGCGAGUCUCGGAAGCCCUCGCUUCUCCUACUCCCUCCCUCCCCGGAGGAAACUGGCUCGGGCACGGCCACUCUUAGCUGCCUGGUGAGCAGCUUUAAGCCGGGCCUGGUGGCUUUGCGCUGGGCCGUGGGCGGCGUGGAGACCGAGAACGGGGUGACCACAGGCGCCGUGUCCCCGGACGCCGGGCAGACGUUCAGGCUGAGCAGUUACCUACGGGUCCCCGCCGCCGCCUGGAACAAGGGCUCGAGCUAUUCAUGCAGCGUGAGCCACAGCUCGCUGAGCUCGCCUCUACGCCACACCGUCUCGGCGUCAGCCUGCCCGCACUGACGCCUGUCUAUUAGCUGUCCCUGUUUAACGCAGGGAGACCCUCACUGGGUCUGCGGCCGCCUUGUGCGAUGUAACCUGUAGCAACUGCCGCUUCUGGCAACAACACGAAUAUGUAAUAAUCUCAGAGAUCAGCGCGAUGAUUGUCCGCCUUGCAUGCCGAGAGAUUCGCUAUUGUCUAUUUGUCCCUUGUUCCCCGUGUCCCACUCCCGCUGUGUGUAUAAUGGGGGUAGAUGCCCCUACAGACGGCGACCGUGUUGUGAUUGGAUCUAGUGUAACACAGCUCUCAAUAAAGAACAAAAAACG